CAGGGCGUCACACUGCCUCCUGCUGAGCCGGUGGUCAUGCCCUCCACCUUCGGCUUCGUUGAAAAUGCUGAGAAACUGAACAGCCGGGCUGCCAUGCUUGGCUUCUUCCUGCUGCUGGCAAUUGAGGGCAUUGCCGGCAAGGGCAUCCUGGAGCUUGCCGGCAUCACCACCGGCAACGGUUUGGGCUUUGAGUUUUAA